AUGGAAGCUGCCGGCCCAAUCAACCCCAAGGAGUCAGUGCUUCCAUUCUGGCUACAUGGUCUAGAGAUCCGUACGCCGUCGACCUUCGAUGUGAUUUCUCCAGUAAACCAUGAGGUUAUGUACCAGUGUUCUACUGCGUCCGAGGCGGACGUUUCGGUGGCGGUAGAGAGUGCCAACAGGGCUGUCCAAACUUGGUCUCGCACAAAGCCACACGAGAAGCGAGACAUCUUCCUCCGUGCGGCGGAGAUCUUCGCGCGGCGAAAGGAUGAGCUUUUCGAAUAUGUCAACCAGGAGACGGGGGAAGGGCAGAUGUUCUUUGACAUCGAGUGGGACCUGAUCCAACAGAUGUGCAAGGACGUCGCAGGUCUCAUUCAAACCAUCCAAGGGGAUCACCCCACAGUUGUGGCACCAGGACACAGUGCGUUAGUGGUACGGGAACCGUACGGCGUUGUGGCCGCCAUUGCACCCUGGAAUGCGCCUUAUAUCCUUGGCCUCAGGUCAUGUCUCCUGCCACUGGCGGCCGGUAACACGGUCGUCCUUAAGGGCCCAGAGACUGCACCGAAGUCUUUCUGGGCAAUCGCCGAUACGUUGCACCAGGCGGGACUGCCGCCAGGCUGCCUGAAUACUCUAUACCACCGGCAAAGCGACGCGGCACCGGUCACGACUGCACUCAUUUCUCAUCCAUUGGUCCAGAAAAUCAAUUUCACCGGCUCUACCGCUGUGGGUUCGAUCAUCGCUUCCACCGCUGGGAAAUAUUUGAAGCCCGUUCUAUUGGAACUGGGUGGGAAAGCAUCGGCGAUUGUGUGUCCGGAUGCUGAUCUCCAGUUGGCAGCGGCGGAGUGUGCGUUGGGCUCUUUCCUCAACUCGGGGCAAAUCUGCAUGUCUACUGAACGGAUCCUGGUCCAUGAGGAAGUGGCCACACAGUUCUCCGAAGCACUCAAGGCGGCAGUGGCAAGGUUGUUUCACGACCAGACGGCGCAGAUGGUCAACGCGGCGUCUCUCAACAAGAGCAAGACGUUAAUUCAGGAUGCGAUAUCCAAAGGUGCAAGGGCCUCGAGAAGUACUGGUGUCAUACCCGAUAAGACAACUAAAAUGCACUUGACUCUGCUGGAAAAUGUGGAUCCGUCGAUGAAUAUAUAUCAUAGUGAAUCGUUCGGCCCUUCAGUGAGUCUCAUCACCGUCACUAGCGAUGACGAGGCCAUUCAGAUCGCCAACGAUACGGAGUACGGGUUGACCUCUGCGGUAUUUACCGAGGACUUGCGAAGGGCCUUCAGUAUUGCCAAACAAAUCCAGAGUGGCGCGGUGCACAUUAAUGGCAUGACUGUGCACGACGAGACUGCCUUACCACAUGGUGGGAUGAAAAGGAGUGGCUUCGGGAGAUUUAAUGCGCGCGAGGGCUUGAGUGAAUGGGUGCGGACUAAGUCUGUGACAUGGAAGGACUGA